CUUCACUAAAGUUGCCGCACAGCCAGCGCAAGGCUCGAAUCUCCAAAGAUAUGGUUUUGAUCGAAUCAACAUAACAUAAAACUACCUUACAAACGGUCAUCAAAGAGAUCGGAGUUAUGAUAAAGGUUCUCUUAACACUCUCAAAGAUGUGAGUUGCAAAAUAGUUAAGCAGAGUGAGGUUGCAGUGAAAACUGAAACGAAUACAACAACACAGCGUAAUUAGUGCAAGUGGAAAGACUGGAAGCUGCCGAAAAUGCUUGCGACUAGAGAAUCCUUAAUUAAUUUCCGUGUCACCACCACCUCUUAAAUGUACGCUAAUAAGCCCAAAAAAUGCGUUUUCCAUUGCGACGCAACGCGAAUGUCCUAGACACGCUCCUCACCGAGACUCUACAAAUAUUGGUGGUGUUCAGCAUAAUGGGUUGGCCAUUUAGUGGCAUGCAACAGUGCGAAACCAAGGGCAUGAGUGCGGAACGUGUACAACACCAACAGCAACAACUAGAAUUACAUUACCUGCACCAUCUCCACUUCCCACAACAACAGCAACAGCAAAUACAUAAGCUAGCGCCGCACACACUCCAACAACUCCAACAACGCAACACACAAACCAUUGGUGGUGAACCUUCGCCGGGAUUAGCAUACCGACACGACAAAAUGGAAUUAAUGACCACAACUGUAUCUCCUGCUAGAGUCUCCUCUCAAACAGCAUCCUCGUCGUUGGCCUCGCCAUCAUGGUCAUCAUACUCGUCGGCGUCAUCAUCAUCACCAUCAUCAGUAGACACGCGUGACAUGCACUUUGCUAGCCCUAUAAUUACAAAAAAUUAUCAACACAAUAGGGCGUCCACAGGCGCUGCCGACGGCGACGCGGCGUAUGCGCAACCCGUCACAACGAUCACAUUAACGACUAACGAAGCCACUGCUCGUUCCACUGCCACCGCUCCGAGGAUGAGUGUUAGCGCUGCAACUGGUGUGGGAGCUGAGCCUACGGACAUGCGAAAUUACCCAGCGCGAGCCUCCGUGUGGGCCCUGCACGCGCUGCAUCGGGUUUCAAAGGACACGCAACAUAACGGCGUUUACGCACAGCUUCCGCCUGUCAAUAGUGACAGCGCCAACGAUUCGCAAGAGAUCGAUAAUACGGAUUACGUCAUGUCGGAACAUAUUGCUUCGCUGACGCAUACGACAGACGACGACGACGCAACGAGCGUGAGCGUGAGUGCCGCACCAAGACUCACAGCAUACGCAAAUAAUAAUAAAAAUCAUAGUAAUAACAGUAACAACAGCAACAAUAGCAACAGCCGUAGCAGCAACACGAGUAUCAACGGCAACAAUAGCAGUAGUAGCAAUAAUCAAACGCGGGACGAUUUGAGGUCCUUAUCGUUAUUAAGCGUGAGCGACCAUAAUAUGGAAAUAUCGGCCAUGGCUCAGGAAAUCGCGGUGGAUGCGCCCUUGACAUCUUCCAGCUCAGCCUCGAUAGCAACGGCUGCAUCACCAGCAUCGGCCUCAUUGUCAUCAGCAUCUUUGUUAUCCGAGUCCGCGUCACUUACGGCGUCUGAUCGAACAGCCAGCCAUGCAAAUGUUGCCGAUGAGAGCGCAAAUACCAUUACCAAUAACAACAAUAACAUGCAACAUCUUGGCACUCAGCGCAUUGCAUUGACAACGACGGCGAAAACAAGAACAACGCUGGCCACCGAGCACCAACACAAUACUGCCAAGUCACAGGCGAUUAUAACAGCCGCCACCGGUGGCACGGCCGGGCGUCAGCGCGGCUCAGCGAAAAAGGUGGAGAGCAAAUACAUUCUACCCAAACCGCAGAAGACCGAUGCGCCAAUGCUCAACUACAUUUUCGAUACAUUUUCGACGGCGAACAAACAUCAUCAUCACGAUCAGCGAUAUGGACCACACUUUGAGGAUGUGCAGCGCGUGGGACAGCCAACGAAUAUGACGGUGCAGGCGGGUAGCAGCAUACAUUUGAAUUGCAGAAUUUCGCUGCUGCAAGAUAAGACUGUGUCCUGGGUGCGUCGCAACGCACUGGGCGAAAAUGCACUCGACCUGCUGACGGUCGGUCUGCACACAUACACGGGCGAUAAGCGCUACAAAAUGGAGUUUCAAUAUCCCAACAAUUGGCGGCUGAAAAUCACGAACGUGAAGAAGGACGACGAAGCGAUGUACGAGUGUCAGAUAUCGACGCAUCCGCCGCGUGUGAUACAAAUUAAUCUCUUCGUUAAUGCACCGAAAGUGAUGAUUGUUGAUGAGUUCGGUGAUCCGCUACAGGAAAAAUAUUACGAAAUCGAUUCAACAUUGCAGCUGUCAUGUGUGGUCCGCAAUGUCGCCAUGGCCACAUCGGUCGUGUACUGGAAGCACGGCGUCGACGUGCUCAACUACGAUGUGACGCGCGGCGGCAUCAGCGUUAAGACGGAGCUGAUGGACGACGGCGCCAAUUCCACAUUAUCCAUAGCGAAAAUCAACAAGUCCGACUCCGGCAACUAUACGUGCGCAAUUAGUGAUUUCCAAAACUUCACUAUAGUUGUGCACAUACUGAAUGGUGAAAGUUUCGCCGAACUGCAUCACGGCGCCGCAGCACCCACGGUUCCUAGCGCAUUCCACCAGCAGUUGGUCGUGCAUUGCGCGUUGCUCAGCCUGUUGUUGCUGCUCUUGCUGCUGCACGCCCCACACCAGCCCUACACGCUAGUGCACAGGUAAAAGUUACUCAAUUAGCCAAACGGGAUAGCGCAAACGAAGUCCUAACCAACGAGGCAGGUAUGCGUUGGCGGAGGGCCGAGCAGCGUUAUAGUUGAAUUUUUAUAAUUUAACUAAUUAAGUAGCUUAAGUAAAUUAAUAUGACAUUUAAUUGAAGCAAUUAGUUAACGAAGCGAUAAUUAAGACAACUUACAUACAUAUAUACAUACAAACAUACUUAUAGUCAUAUUGUAUAAGGUAGUGGACAAAAUGUUGAAUUUAUAAAGAAAUUAAGAAAAAAAUGUGUAAAAAUGAAUUUAUUUUCAUGAUCAGUUGUAUGUUUGAGUGUGUAACGUGGAGUGGGUGAAACCACAGAGUUCAUUUAUUAUAAGCGUGAAACACAUUUUUUAUAUUAUGAAUACCAAUAUGUAUGAGUACGCAAAUGCAAAGCAUAAAAAAUUGAAAAAAUAGCAACAAAAAAGCUAAUCAAUGGCGAGAAUUUGUGUUAAAGCUGAAAUUAAAAUCAAAAAUCGACAAAACGUUGCGCCAAAUCCCCGCUGAAUCCAAACAAUUUAAGUUGUUGCACAAACAGUACGCCACCGAGCGCAGUCGCGCAGCCAGCCGGGCGAAAUAUUUUGACAAUUUAUGCACCCGAAGGGGGUUAGUGCAAAUCAUCGAUGCGUAAUUCAAGCGAAAAAGUCAAAUAUAUGCACUGAACAUUCCAACUGGAUGGCAGCACUGAAAAAAUAUCAAAACGAGCAAAGCAAGCAACUAAUUGCAGCGGGGAGAACUGUGAAUAACGGUAAAUACGCGUAUUUGAACUGCAAAAUAAUAGUGUAAACAAUAAAUUGGUGAUGUUAUUGUGUGCAAAAUACGAAUUUGAAUGUGGUAUA